AUGUCACCGACUCAUCAUCCCACCAACACUCUUCCGCCAGAUCCCAACCCACCCAUCCGCGAUGAUGCCAUGAUGCAGUUCAGAGAGAUCGCUCCCGACCGUAAGAGAGAGCACGAGUCCAAUCUGGGUCUUCCCACCCCGGGACCACCUUCGCAACCCAGUGUCAAAAGAACCAAAACAGAACAGGCGUGUUCCAACUGCAGAGCCCUGCGCCGCAAAUGCAAUGGAGGCAGCCCUUGCAAGACCUGUCAAGAGAACUCCCUUCCGUGUCACUAUGGAGGUGAUGUUCGGGCUCCCGAGAAGCUCACCUUGGCAAAAGCGAUGAAGAGGAUUGCGCAGCUGGAAGACCGCUUGCGCAUCUAUGAAGGAUAUACCACUGGCCCGAGUCAAAAUGAGCCGGGCCCAAGUCCGCCUCGCCAUUCCGACCAAGUAUACGGGCCUGCGACCGAACCGAGUCAGAGUGAGGACGACAUGGCUCAAUUACUGCGGGGUGUGAACUAUCUGACCAUCUCAAGAAAUCCUGAGUUCUACGGAGGAUCGUCAUCAAAUGCCAUCAUCAGGGCGGUGGAAGCGGCAGAGGAAUCGGAAGAUCAGCCGCCCGCUUCUCGGAUCGAAUGGCCUCUCAACAGAGCUAAGUUAUGGCUUGACAAUGCGGCAAACCUCAGGUUUGCUAAAGUUACAGGAUCAUCACUCCCACCAAGACCUGUUGCGGACGACUACGUCAAUCGGUACUUCCAAACUGCCCAUCGCCUAUAUCCUAUCUUGAACCGCAUCAGUUUCAUGGAACGCUACCGCAACUUCUGGGAAGGCCUACCCACGGAAGGAAAGGGCUAUGAACUCUGGGCGGCUGUCUUGUACAUGGUUCUCGCCCACGGUCAUCAGUGCAGCACUGUCGACCCAGAUGAUCGAGUCAGAAACGAUGCCCUUGCUUCACAAUAUGGGGAGACCUGCUUCAACCUGGCCAAAUCCACCUUUGCGGAUGUACCUUUUUCUGGUGGGGACAUGUCUGCGGUAAACUCCAUGUUCCUCGCAUUCGUUUGGCUCUUUAACCAACAAAGGCUUCACGAGGCAUAUGCAAUGCUGGGAACUUCAGCAAGGGUAGGGUACGCCAUUGGCCUGCACAGAGAGCUCAUGCCGCUGGACGCUCACGUUCUUGAUACUAAUGGCUGGUGUGCAACUUGGUGGUGCCUUUUCAUUUAUGAAACGGAACUCGCUACUCUGUCCGGUCGUCCGUGCGGGAUUCAACCACGAGAGGUUGAUGUCAGACCAUUUCCGCUGGACACCUCGCCGAUCGAUCUCCAAUAUCUAGAACGUAUGCGGCAGUUUUCUUACCUAGCUUGGGAUGCCUAUGAGCAAGUUUACUCGCUGGCUUUCAAACACUCUGGAGUACGUGAACGUGCAGCUGCUCUUCGUGCCGCAGAUGGUGCUAUUUGCGCGUGGUACGACGGUUGGUAUCACGACUCUACAUGGUCAAAGGAGCCUCACGGGCUUAUUAUCCGAUUGCGCUACCUAAAUCUCAGGAUCCUCCUGUACCGAGCGUUUCUCAACUUGGUUGUGCAGAAACGAGAAAAGCAAAUGGAAGUCAAGGAAGAAUCACUUGUGGCGGCUGCCAAGUGCAUCGAAAUGGCCUUGUCCCUUAUCCACCUUACCACGUCUGCUAUCAACGCCGGGAGUUCUGGUACCCUUCAAGCAUCCCUCUUUCAUACCAUGGGCUAUCUCUGGAACGCGACGCUUACACUCCUCCUUUAUGUGAGAAGUGAUUCCACACAUGACCUUCUAGCCACCACGACACCAGACCGCGGCAAGAUCAUUGACAAUAUCGAGUCCGCCGCCGUAUUUUUUGCCAGGCACCAAGACGCCUUACCAUUUGCUCGUGUGGCUGCUGAGAAGGUGCACCGAUUGUUGAAAAGGGUAGCCACUGGAUAUGUUUCAAGUGACACCCCGAGCACCUCGACGGAUAUCCAUGCUGGAUUCGCUGUUCCCAAUCUCGAGUCGCCGGAUCGAAUUUUGAAUUUCGUCCCAGGAUUCGAUGUUCCAACAUUUGAUAUACCCCGAUUCAAUUUUGAAACGGCCUUUUCAGGAGCCUCACCACAAGGCGAACUCCUUGAUCUGGAGGGUCGAGAAGGCGACCGUACCAACCCUCACUGGAGCCCCGAGGGUGAAGGGUUUUACUUCUAUGACACUCCCGCGGCAGGAUAG